AUGAACGGCCUAUUUCCGGCUGAUCUGGCAGUUUACCUCUUCUUGACUCCUUUUGUGCUCUAUGUGUAUUGGUCUCAUCGAUGGGUCGGUUGGAUGCCCUGGACCAACCUUCUCGUUUUCUGUAUCGUGCGGAUAGUCGGAGGUGCUACGGGUGUGAAGGACAGCACUAGCAUCGCAGCGAAUGUCAUAUCUGGGAUAGGAAUGUCCCCAUUGUUGUUGGCCAUCGAUGGACUUCUACAUGAAGCUCGGUAUUACCGCCAUCCAGAACACAGUGUGCUCCUCAGUCGGAUCGUGAUUGUUGCGAUCACCGGUCUCAUGGGCGCUGGUCUCGGUCUUAGCAUUGGAGGAUCCUUGCAAGUCUACCAGGGCAAAGGGACGUCUUCGGACCUUUUGCACUGGAAGGUGGGAUCGGGCCUGGUAGUGGCUGUCUGGGAGACGGAAGUGGUGUGGGCAAUUUUUUCCCUUCUUCCAUCUCAGUGCAAGAAGGAUGCUCCAGGGUUUAAAGACGGUACUAAGCUUAUAUAUGGUGCUCUCGGUGCUAUCGUCUUCGCCGGUGUUCGUGUUAUCGACAAUCUCGUCGGGGUUUGUACACAGAGAAAGGACUUGAGUACAGUAUUCGGAUCCACCGCAGUGCGCGUCGUCCUCGUUUUCCUUCCUGAACUCCUUGCCGCGUUGUCGAUGAUUGUCGCGGGGCUCUCGAGCAGAAAUAUUCGAAAGCACAAUCAUGUCGCAGAGAAGGAGUCGAUGUCGGCCUAG